AUGUCUACACCUUUUCUCAAAUUCGGCAAAUUGAUGGAGAAGACUUGGAUUAGUAUCCCAAUGGCGACAUUUGUUUCGGGAUUGCUAUAUGUUAACAAUGGGAUGGCAGAGGAGAUCAGGCAACUGAAGAUAAUUAACGAGAAAAGACAUCAUAAAGGGGCAGGAGUAACAAAUCUUGGAGACACACCAGAAUGUGGACUCAAGGCGAGGAAUUAUGGGAAAUAG